AUGCUCGAAGAGAAACUGGAGCGAACGCUGAAGCUUCUCGACGAGGACGAGAAAGGAGGAGAAGACAAAGAGGAAUCCAGGAGCAGCAGCAGCAGCGGCGAUAACGAGAACGAGAACGAGAACAAAGCGUCGCCGACGUCGCCGUUUGACUUGGAGUCUUCGUACGAUGAUUUCCUCCUCAAACCUGAAUCCGACGAAGGUUCGGUGGAAUAUAAACGGCACCUGGUGAACCCAUCGGCGAGAAAUUUCGAGAAGCUGACGACGCAACUGUUGUGGCGAUUGAACGAAGGAGGCGGGGAGUGUUUGUACGAAAUUGGAGUGGACGACGAUGGGUUCGUUCGAGGAAUCAGCGAGGAGGAGAUGAAAUUCUCCGUGGAGACGUUAGAGAAAAUGGCGAAACAGUUAUCGGCGAAAGUUUCCGAGGCGUUCGAGAGGAAGACGAGCGAGAAAGAGCGCUUCGCAAAGUGCGCGUUGGUGAGGAAAAUCUUUCCGAAAGAGGCGAAUCAUCUAGAGUUACGGAUAACGACGGUUGGAAACGUCGAUUCCGGGAAAUCAACGCUCCUAGGCGUGUUGACGAAGGGCGUGUUGGAUAACGGGAGAGGGAGCGCGAGAGCGAACGUGUUUCGACACAAACACGAGAUGGAAACCGGGAGAACGAGCUCGAUUUCGACGCAAAUCAUGGGAUUCACGCCGGACGGGAAAGUUGCGAACUAUCAAGACGAGAGAACGAGGGAAACACACUCGUUGAGAUGGUCGGAGAUUGUCGAGAAAUCGAGCAAGGUCAUUAGCUUCUCCGAUUUGUGCGGUCACGAGCGUUAUUUGAAGACGACGUUGUGCGGCUUAACCUCGGUGUGUCCCGAUUACGCCAUGUUAGUCGUCGACUCGAACAGAGGCGGUGUCGUAGGCAUGUUGAAAGAACAUCUAGGUAUUGUUCUAGGUUUGAAGAUUCCGUUCCUCGUGUGCGUGACGAAAAUCGACAUGUGCGCCGACCAUUUAUUACAGUCGACCAUGGAGAGUGUUUUGCGAUUGCUAAAGCGACCCGGGGUACACAAGAAACCAAUUAUAGUCCGAGAGAGAAAUGAUGUCUCGACGUGCAUAAAGACCAUGGCUGGCGAUUCGGACGUCACGCCCAUCUUUCAAGUAUCGUGCGUAGAAAACACAAAUUUGGAUUUAUUGCGACUAUUAUUAAACCAUCUACCGUCUCGGCGACAGUUCGACGUGCAAAAGAAAAAGACACAAAACGGAGAAGAAGAAGAAGAAUUAGAGGAAACGACGAAUAAACACGGGAAAGACGAGUGUGGUGCACUGGUGCAUCUAGAUGAUGCGUUCACGGUAAACGGUGUAGGUACAGUAGUCUCCGGAGUCGUAACUAAAGGGUCAAUUUCGACGAAUCAACAACUUCUUCUCGGACCAGAUUCUCUCGGCCACUUCAAAGAGGUUGUCGUCAAAUCGACAAUGACCCAUCGAACGUCCGUCCUUAAAGCUGUGUGUGGCCAAUCCGCAAGUUUUGCGAUAAAAGCUAAAAACAGCAAAGAACCCGUGCACAAAGCGGACGUGCGCAAAGGCAUGGCGAUGAUUUGCAAAUCCUUGCAUCCUCGCGCGACGUGGAGUUUCGAAGCCGAGAUUUUAAUAUUCGUCUCUCCGACGACGUUAACCGUCGGUUACGCCCCCGUCUUACACUGCAUGUCCGUUCGACAGUGCGCCCGGAUAUGUAAAAUCGAAGGCAAAGAUGUCUUACGCGCCGGCGACCGCGCUAAAGUCGUCUUUCAAUGGCUCUAUCGCCCGGAGUUUGUCGAGGAAGGCUUCCGAGUUAUAUUUCGAGAGGGAAGAACGAGAGGGUUAGGGAGCAUUACCAAAGUUUCCUUCGACGGUGAUAAGCAAAAAUCGUGGCCGGACAGUCGAAAACAGCUACACGGGACGAACAUGGAGGCGAUGAUGAAUACCGCAACCGCCACAAAGAGCGCGGGAUAA